AGCAAGUUACAUUCUACAAGAAGAGGCAAGCUUAGGGCUAACUGUUAUCAGCCAUGGGCAGCACUGGGUAUGCCAAUGGUGCCGGCGUCGUCGUCGACGACGACGACGCGACUUGCCUGCACGCACAAACGCUGGUGUACGCCUACAACGUCACCAUGGCCGUCCACGCGGCAGUCAAGCUCGGCCUCAUCGACGCGCUCGGCGCGGCCGACGGCCGUGCCCUGACCGCCGACGAGCUCGCCGCGAAGGUUGUCAAGGCGGAGGACAAGGCCGAGUCGGCCGCCUUGAUCGGCCGCAUCCUCAGGUUCCUCGCGUCCUUCGACGUCGUGAGGUGCUCUGCCGAGAAAGGUCCCGACGGUGCCGUCCUCUGGCGGUACUCGCCGGCGCCGGCGUGCCGGUGGCUCACCAUGAACAACGGCGAGGGCUCGCUUGGCCCCAUGGCCGUGUUCGACGUCGACGAGGACAACUUCUCGUCCUGGCAUCACAUAGCGGACGCAGUGGCCGGCGGCGGCAAGCAGACGCCGUUCCAGAUAGCCCACGGGGGGACGCCGGCGUACGACUACUUCGGGAAGAACCCUCGUCUGAGCACGCUCUUCGACCAGGCCAUGGCUCAUCAGUCAUUGCUGGUGAUCAGGAAGCUGCUCGAGCACCCGAAGGUGUUCGACGGCGUUGGGGUGAUCGUGGACGUUGGAGGGGGCACCGGAGCAACCCUAGCGUUGAUCAGGGGCCGGUACAAGCACAUCAAGGGCAUCAACAUGGAUCUUGCUCAUGUCAUCUCUGAGGCUCCGUCUCUUGAAGGAGUCGAGCAUGUGGCUGGCGAUAUGUUUGAAAGCGUACCCUCUGGAGACGCAGUUUUGAUGAAGUGGAUGCUCCACAUGCAGAGCGACGAGGAGUGCAUGAUGAUCUUGAAGAACUGCCACAAAGCUCUCCCGGCUAACGGGAAGGUGAUCGUCAUUCAGAGCGUCCUGCCGGAGACCCCGGAGUCGACUCCGGCUUCCCGGGACUCGUUCACCAUGGAUAUGAUCAUUCUUGUAAACUUUAAGGGAGGGAAGGAGAGGACGGAGCAGGAGUACGCCAAGCUUGGCAGGGAUGCUGGAUUUACUGGUGGCUUCCAGUCGACCUACAUCUUCUGCAACAUUUACGCUCUUGAGUUUACCAAGUAGUAGGGACAUGCACUACGUUUUUACCAGUUGUUGUGUUGAACAAGAGCUCGUGAGCUUUCCAAUAAACCAUGCGUCUUCUUGGUGAUAAUGCCAUUGAGGGCUUCAUGAGUACGAUUUCUGUAUUCGCACUGUCGAAUAACAUGUCAUUCCACCUGUUGAAUAAAGUAAAGAGAGUCCUCCCUGAAGAUCCGACCGUA